ACUCUUUCCUAAUCAGAUUCAGCAGAAUGAGAUAGAUUUAGGAUGUGAAAUUUGUUCGAAGCAUUAAGUGAAGUUUGUGUGUUAACACUUGACAGGUUGUUAAAAUAGAAAUAUUGACAAAUUAUUGUUCACUUCCAUAAAAGAAAUGUAUCAUUUAAUGUUGAUUUUCAUGAAAAUUAUAAUUAUCUUGUCCUUCCAUCGAUUUCAACUACAUUUGCUCGUUAUCUUGGGAUCCAAUUCUAUCUGAUAUUACAUAAUUUGUGUAAUUUUUUUGGCCUUUUCUAGCAUGUAUAUAUCCAGCUUUCCUUUCACCAGGUCCACCCCCUUGGCUUUUCUCGUAUUUAUUCAUUUGUUGUAACUAUCUUUCUGUUUGCUUGUUUCUCGAGAAAAUGAAAGAAAAGCAAAGGAUUAACCAAACCUUAAUAAUUCUUGAGGUGACCUAAGGCUCUUUUCCCUGAAAAUUGAAAUUGUAUCUUGUGCUUCGAUCAGUUUCAACUACAAUUGCUUGUUUUCUUGUGAGCCGAAUGAAUUGGAAGAAUUGAAAAUAGUAGUCAAGUCAUGCUCCAGCAACACCCUGCUCCGCCGUUAGCUGCCGCCCUCCUAGAGCAUGCCAAAUCCUCCCGCUCCCUCAUCAUCGCCACCUCUUUCUUCUCCCUUCUUUUCCUUCUCUCCCUCUAUUUUUCCACCUCUCCCGGCCCCCUCCAGCCCCAACCCGACCCGUUUCUGUUCCCCACUAGACCUACUUUUCCCUCCAAGAUCCCUUCUGAUCCUGCUCCUCCGUCGGUUGCCUAUUUCAUCUCUGGGGCAUGCGGCGACUCGGCUCGGAUCCUUCGCCUCUUGUUCGCUUCGUACCAUCCAAAGAAUCAGUAUCUGCUCCAUUUGGACCCCUCCGCUCCGCAAACUGAACGGGAUCGCUUAGCUCUGACGGUGCAAUCGGUGCCCAUUUUUAGAGCCGCACAGAACGUGGAUGUGAUUGGGAAACCUGAUUAUAGUUACUCAAGUGGAAGUUCUACGAUUUCUUCAGUCCUUCAUGCGGCGUCGAUACUCUUGAAGUUAGCUAAGAACUGGGAUUGGUUUAUCAAUUUGAAUGCUGAUGAUUAUCCGCUUGUUACACAAGACGAUCUUCUUCAUAUAUUAUCGUUUUUACCUAAAGAACUAAACUUUGUAAACCACACCAGCUACAUUGGCUGGAGAGAGUCAAGUAAACUGAGGCGGAUAAUCGUUGAUCCAGGGCUUUAUAUGUCUGAGAAAUCUGCAAUGUUUUAUGUUACUCAAAAGCGGGAUUUGCCUAACGCUUUCAGAUUGUUUUCAGGUUCUUCAUUCUUCAUUUUGAGUCGUAACUUUAUUGAAUUCUGCAUUUUGGGUACUGACAACUUUCCAAGGACUCUGCUGAUGUAUUUGUCAAAUACACCUCGUUCCCUUUCCAACUAUUUUCCUACCAUCCUUUGUAAUUCUCAUCAGUUCAACAGGACUAUUGUAAACCACAGCUUUCUACAUGUAGCAUUUGAUAAUUCCUCCGAAAAGAAGUCCCGGCCACUUAAUUCCACCGAGUUUGAUUCUAUGAUUCAGAGUGGAGCAGCAUUUGCCUCACAUUUCCAGAAUGAUGAUCCGGUGCUUGACCGCAUUGAUGCAGAAAUUUUAAAUCGUAACCCUGGCCAAAUUGUUCCUGGUGGAUGGUGCUUAGGUGAGUCUGGGAAUAACACGUGUUUAGUUUGGGGUGAUGCUGAUGUUUUGAGGCCUGGUCCAGGAUCAAGAAGACUUGAGAAACGCCUAGUUAACCUACUUGCAGACGGUCAUUUUUGGUCCCGGUCAUGUAUGCUUGACUGAUCUUCAGCCUACAAUCCCACUAAAUACUAUGGUGAAAAAACAGAGAAACAGAAAAAGGAAAAAAAAUGUGUAGGAAAGAACCUUGAGCAGCUUUGAGCUUCCCCCUAUUUCAAAGCUUCAAAAAAAUUGCUCCGAUUGUAUUACAUCAUGUACUUGCAAUGCAUGUUCUUGAAAUUUUGCCACGGGUCAGAUGAUCAUUUCAAAUGUUUACCUUCUCACAGGAAACAAAACUUGAGCAAGAAAUAGAAACAAAAUCCCCUUCAGCAUUGGCAAGAGAUGCUCAAUUACAAGUGUUUAUACUAGCUUUUUUCUUGUUUUGUAAA